AUGUAUAUUUUUUUGCCAACCCCUCCGGCCAAGGCGCCGCCGUCGCCAACAACGCCACCACCACCACCAACCGCCCGAAUCAAAGCCUUCUGUGUCGGCAAAAAAUGCGAUGUAUGUCGCAAAAAGGUAUCCGGGGAUGUGCUGAAAGCCAACGAUAAAUACUUCCACAUCAUUUGUUUCCAAUGCAAAAAAUGUGGUCGAAACCUCGGGGAUACCGGAUUCUACACAACAUCAGACAAUUCAUACCUUUGUCCCGACGACUUUCGGGCAGUCACUAAAGAGCUCUCGGUGAAGACUCAACCGUCGCAAGCGGCGGCGGCGUCGUCGUCAAGCGCAGCGGCAACGCCAAAGUUGCCGGAGAAGACAAACGGAACCACGACGACAACACAAAAUCAUGAUAACGGAUCUUCAGUGGCCGCGAACACGACGUUACAACAAAUCUCGCCGCUCGGUUCACCAACAACGUGCGCUGCUUGCGAUCAAGAACUUCACUCUGGCCAAGUUCUUCUUGCUCUUGGAUUAUCUUGGCACGUUUACUGUUUCAAAUGCAGCGAAUGCUCAGCCGUCCUCCACGGAGAAUAUAUGUCACACGAAGGAAAACCACUGUGUCUUAGAGAUUAUAACGAGAAAUUCGGUGUCAAGUGCUACGAAUGCGAGAAAUUCAUUGCGGGAAAGGUGUUGCAGGCUGGCGGCUACAAAUUUCAUCCAACGUGUGCUCGUUGCUCUCGUUGCGGUGCUCAUUUCGGAGACGGUGAGGAGAUGUACAUGCAAGGAGAUGAAAUUUGGCAUCCAUCAUGCGAGCAUUCCAGAACAACCGAAAACAUUGCGCCAACCGGACGUGCGGCUACUUUGUCGAGAAAUGAGCCUAAAUAUCAAACAACUUUCCGCCAACACUUGACUUACAUGUACUUGCUUCCCGAAGCUGAGCAAACCUAUCUUAGGCAUCCAGUGAUGAAUCCCAAGGAACCGAAUGCACCACAAUACCAUGUUCCGCAAGGACCAAUUAAAAUUCGAAAAUCGAGGUUGGCGAUGCUCAAAACUGGAAUGCAAAGACUCACGGAGGAUCUUGAAAAGAAUUUGCCCCGUCCAAAAUCGCCACAUAUGGACAAUGAAGAACCAAUUGAGCUUGCUCACUACCCAGCAGCUCAAGUUCCAGACCCAGAGAAGCCGCCAGCAAUUGAGCGCGACGAUUUCCCUGCUCCGCCAUACCCGUAUGCCGUAGAGGAGCUCAAAAGAAGGUUGUCGACUUCCUCAAUUGAAAACGAAAUUUCGGACGACGACUUUUCCGAUGGCGAGAAAUUCGACGAAGACAAGCUUAAGAAGACGGUCGAAACUCUUGAAAAAUACAACGACUCAUCGAUUGCGAGCGUGAUUCGACAAAACAUCGAGGAUAGUCACAAAAAACAGCGAUUGCCUCUACACUGGGAUCCGAGAAAUGCUAGCCGAACUCCAUCUGGCAAGAAAAUGCCCCAUCUCAAAUUUCGUUAUGAUGUGCCGAUUAAUGCUUCUCCGUCUCGCCAUUUAAACCGACCGCGGCCAUGGGUCGCAUGGCAAGGCGGCGAACGAGACCACGGAAGUACGCUGCCAUGUUUCCACAUUCCGGAGAGCAGAGCAAACACGCUGAGGGCGGCGACACUACCAACCGAAUUUGGACAAAACUUGUCGCUUGAGAAUUUGGAUACGACGAUUAGCAGUCACUAUUCAGAACAUUCAAUGACCGAAUCUGGAACAAUAGGAGGCCCAAAAUCGGCUGGUGUCACUCUCCGAUCUUCACUUCCAGAUAUGAGUAAGCCAGUGAAACAAUACGAUUACCAAGUGCUUCAAACUACUAACAAAGACAUGCCAGAGGACGUUGAUCGCCAACAUCUCGAACGGCAUCUGACACGAGAUCAAUUCGAGGAGAUCUUCAAAAUGGCUCCAAUCGAGUUCUACAAACUUCCAGAAUGGAAGAGAAUCAACUUGAAGCGGAAGGCCAAACUCUUCUAG